GGCGGCACCCCCCGGGACUCCGCCGGCUUCGCGGAGGCCGGGAUCGCCGCGGGGCAGCGGGGGGCAGAGGCUCGGCCUCCCUCCCGGCCUCCCUCCUUCCCUUCCCGGCCUCCUGAGAGCCCCGUUGCCCACCCCCACCCCCCCCCCACCCCCGCAGCAUGCAGCCGGUGGGGGUCUGCACGGCCUCCCUGGGCUCCCUCGGGCUGAUGAGGUUCUUCGGGGUGCCCUGGUCGUGGAGCCUCGCCGCCACGCUGGGCGUCUGCCUGGGCAGCGGAGGAUGGAGGCUGCUGCGCGUCCUCUGCAAGACGGCGCUGAGGGACCUCUUCGGCCUCUCGGUGCUGUUACGAGUCAAAUACAAGCUACGAAGGCAUCAAAGGGCCAAAAGCACCAUUCCGAAGAUGUUCCAGGACGUCGUCCGCAGGCACCCCGACAAAGUGGCCCUGAUUUACGAGGCCACCGGUGAAAAGUGGACCUUCAGGGGGCUGGAUGAGUACUCCAACGCCGUGGCCAACUACUUCUACCAGCAGGGCUUCCGCCUGGGGGACGUCAUCGCCAUCUUCAUGGAGAGCCGCCCCGAGUUCGUGGGCCUCUGGCUGGGCAUGGCGAAGGUUGGCAUCGAGGCGGCCCUCAUCAACUUCAAUUUGCGCUUGGAUUCCCUGGUUUACUGCGUGACGACCUCGGGUGCGAAAGCCGUGAUCUUCGGAGGAGAGCUGUCUUCAGCAAUAUCCGAGGUGAAUGGGAUGCUGGGGAAGAACAUGGCAAAAUUCUGCUCGGGCGACUACAACCCAGAGGUUGUUCCAGCGGAGACCCGACAUCUCGAUCCUCUUCUGAGCACUGCAUCCAAAUUGCCCCCGGCUCAGAUCCCCGUCAAAGGUUUAGAUGACCGGCUCUUUUACAUCUACACUUCGGGCACCACGGGGAUGCCCAAGGCUGCCAUCGUGGUGCACAGCAGGUAUUAUCGCAUCGCUGCCUUCGGCUACUACGCGUACAAAAUGCACCCGGAGGACAUCGUCUACAACUGCCUCCCGCUCUACCACUCUGCAGGUAACAUCAUGGGAGUCGGCCAGUGCCUCAUCCACGGCCUGACGGUGGUGAUCAGGAAGAAGUUCUCGGCCAGUCGCUUCUGGGAUGACUGCACCAAGUACAGAUGCACGAUUAUUCAGUAUAUCGGGGAAAUCUGCAGGUAUCUCCUGAAUCAGCCGGUCCGGGAGUCAGAAACCCAGCACUGCGUGCGGCUGGCAGUGGGCAAUGGUUUGAGACCCACCAUAUGGGAGGACUUCACCAAGCGCUUCCGCAUCAAGCAGAUCGGAGAGUUCUACGGAGCCACGGAGUGCAACUGCAGCAUUGCAAACCUGGACGGAAAGGUCGGUGCCUGUGGCUUCAACAGCCGGAUUUUGCCCAAUGUUUAUCCCAUUCGUUUGGUGAAGGUGAACGAGGACACGAUGGAGCUGAUCCGUGAUUCCAGGGGGCUGUGCAUCCCCUGUCGCCCAGGAGAGCCAGGAUUGCUUGUGGGGCAGAUAAAUCAACAGGAUCCCCUGCGCCGGUUCGAUGGCUACGUCAACGAGAGUGCCACCCACAAGAAGAUUGCUUACAACGUGCUGCAGAAGGGGGACCAGGCAUACCUUACAGGAGAUGUGCUGGUGAUGGAUGAGCUCGGCUACAUGUACUUCAAAGAUCGCAGCGGUGACACCUUCCGAUGGCGAGGAGAGAACGUCUCCACCACAGAAGUGGAAGGGAUGUUGAGUCACAUCCUCAACCAGACGGACGUUGCAGUGUAUGGAGUGGAGGUACCAGGGGUGGAGGGAAAAGCUGGAAUGGCAGCAAUCGCAGAUCCUAAAACUAAGGUGAAUCCCAACGUUCUGUACCAGGAGCUACAGAAGGUGCUGCCUCCUUACGCCCGGCCCAUCUUUCUGCGUCUCUUACCCCAGGUUGACACCACAGGGACUUUUAAGAUUCAGAAAACCCGCUUGCAGAGGGAAGGAUUUGACCCCCACCAAACGUCAGACCGGUUGUAUUUUCUGGAUCUAAAGCUGGGGAAAUACGUUCCUCUGGAUGAAUGCCUUUAUGAAAGGAUUUGUUCUGGAAAAGCCGCUUUAUGAUCUAGUCCGGAUUGAGCCUUUCAGAGGAAACUGUGACUAACUGGAGGGAUGAUGCCUGUGGGAAGCGGCAGAUUCCUGCUUAAUAUGCAAUGUGAGAUCCUCCUACAGUGAAUCACCAUCGGGGAAACAUCUUGUGGGGUGUUGCCCUCGCCUAAAGCACAUUAACCUGUGACCUGCGCCUUUAGAGAGCACUGACACCCCAUUAAUCUGCUGUUACACACCUAGAGAGAGUAUUUUUGUAACCACUAACCACUUAGGUGGAAGAAGUUUUAUGGUUUAUAUUUAUUCGUAUCCUGAGGAUAAGCGGAGAUGCUCGUGCCCCGCGUGGGUUUCUUUUUGCUUCAUCUCCGAACUUGACUUACCAAGUUAACUUUUAACAGUGCGGGUCGGGCAGUCUUUAAUUGUGUUAGGUGAUGUUUUACGUUAACUACACCUGGAAAUCUCACAUUCACCUGUGCCAAGCCCUUAGGGCCAGGGAUUUAAGGACAUUAGUGCCUAGAGGCUAGCCUCUGGACUCAGAGCAGGGUGGGAUGAGCACUGGGAACAGGGGUCGUGAUGGGCUGGGGGGAGAGGAGGGAGCCUGGCGGUGCUGUACGGUGCUAACGUGAACUCUAAGGAAAUGUUAACGGCAA